AUGGCUCCCACAACAGUCCUAAUCACCGGUGCCAAUCGUGGUCUCGGUAAGGAACUUCUGCAAAUGUACCUUGCCCGACCUGAUCACCUCGUGAUCGCCGCGAACCGCAACCCGGAGCAUCCUACAUCCAAAGCUCUUGCCGAACUACCCAUCGGCGAAAACACACGACUGAUCGUCGUCAAGCUCGACGUAUCCGUGGAAUCAGACCACGCCGAGGCCGUCACACAGCUCAUCGCCCAAGCCAUCGAUCAUCUGGAUCUAGUGAUCGCCAACGCGGCCGUGGCCAACGUGUAUCCGAAGGUGUCCGAAAUCACGACGGCCGAGCUGCAGGACCAUUUGACCCCGAAUGUGUUCGGUGUGAUUUGGCUGUACCAGGCAACUCGAGCGCUCUUAGAGCGCUCUUCAAACCCCAAGUGGGUGUCCAUGGGAUCGGGUGCGGGUUGGCUUGAGAACCAGCCGCCGGUCCCGAGCGCUGCAUAUGGUCCAUCGAAAGUAGCUGUCCACUGGCUGACGAAGAGGAUUAAUUUUGAGGAGGAAAAGAUCAACGCUUUUGUCGUAAAUCCUGGUUGGUGUCGAACCGACAUGGGUAACCGUGGAGCCCUCGCUUAUGGAUAUGCUGAAGCACCGCUGAAAGUUGGCGAGACUAUUCCCGGAAUUGUGCGUUUGAUUGAUGCAGCCAUGAAAGAGACGCAUGGCGGAAAGCUUUGGAGCCAUAGAGGUACGCAGGAGGCUUGGUGA